AUAGAAAAUGUUACAGGUGUCAGUGUAAGCAACAGAAGGACAUUAUGCCAAUAUUAUGUGCACCAUACAUGAGUAACAACUCAGGAAAAAUACUUUCUUCAAACAAGUCCUUUCUCAUGUCAAGGUGUCGGCUCAACUUACUCAGCAUUACACAUCCACCAGGAGAUACAAUAAGCCAGAUCCUAUUUAGGAUCAACUGGAAGGUAUUUUCAAAGAAUUCCUUCCACACCUUAGUUUGACACACCUACUCAGAGGGCUGAGUCCGCUUGUAUAACUUUUAUUAAAUGAAGAACUGCAGACUCUCCCCACUCUGUAACCUGCACUGAAGACAAGGUCAUCUGUGUUGCAGACCACAAGCAAGGAAAUGGCUUUUGCAAGUUUGUUGAAGGGACAGAUGUUGCUGAGGAUCCUCUCUCUCAUCCUCAUGGGUAUGUUCUUUUUUUUUGUCUUUUGGGACACUGGCUCUAUCCGGCAGUCAUUGUCUGAUCUCAGAAUACCACAGCAGUUCUCUAUUGACCUGCCUGGCUGUUCGGCUAUCAUCACUGGAGACAUAGAGGGCAAGAAAAGCGAAUUCAGAGUGCUUCUGGCAUCUAGGAAAAGACGGGAUUUUUUAUCUGAGGACUUCUAUCUCAAUGUGACAAAGGACUGUCCAGCUUACAUUGAAAAGAGAGGUUUCAUUACAGUGCCUCUCAGUGAAGAGGAGAGGGAUUUUCCCAUUGCCUACUCCAUGGUGAUCCAUGAGAAGAUUGAGAUGUUUGAGCGACUUCUACGAGCUGUUUACACUCCUCAGAACAUCUACUGUGUGCAUGUGGACCACAAAUCCUCUAAAGAAUUUCAGAAGGCUGUGGAGACAAUUGUUUCCUGCUUUCCUAAUGUGUUUGUAGCCACUAGAUUAGAAGCAGUGGUAUAUGCCACAUGGUCCCGAGUGCAGGCAGAUUUAAACUGCAUGACAGAUUUGCUGAGCUCACACAUCCAGUGGAAGUACCUGCUUAACACCUGUGGGACAGACUUCCCCAUCAAAACCAAUGGUGAAAUGGUUCAGGCACUGAAGGCCCUUAACGGGAGAAACAGCAUGGAGUCUGAGGCCACCAACAACUACAAGAAAGACCGUUGGCAGUAUCAUCACAAGGUCACUGAUACUGUCAUCAGGACAAAUGUGAGGAAAAGUCCCCCACCCAUUAGCAGCCCCAUGUUCUCAGGAAAUGCUUACUUUGUGGUCACAAGAGCCUUUGUGAAACAUGUCAUGCAGGACAGAGAGGUUCAGAAAUUUCUGGAGUGGGAGAAGGACACAUACAGCCCCGAUGAGCACUUGUGGGCCACCCUACAGAGGAUGCCCUCUGUUCCCGGGUCAGUGCCUGCUAACAUCAAGUAUGACGAGUCAGACAUGCAAGCCCUCGCUCGUGUGGUGAAGUGGAGCUAUUUGGCAGGAGACAUGAAAAAUGGAGCCCCAUACUAUCCAUGCGCUGGUGCUUACAGAAGAUCAGUCUGUGUGUAUGGAGCUGGUGACCUCCCGUGGCUCCUGAGACAACAUCAUCUCUUUGCAAAUAAGUUUGAUCCUGAGGUUGAUGACAUUGCUAUUAGAUGUAUGGAGUCAGUUCUGCGUUUCAAAGCUUUAGGCCAUGACCCACUGUUAACAGAUCAAUAUUCCACCAUUUUGUAAAGCUUGUAAUCAUUUGAAAUGUAAAAUAUAAUGUAUUAAUUAAGGCAGCCCUUCAUGCUUAGAACUGGUAUUAUAUAGAGCAUAUACAUUUAUCAAAAUAUUGUCAAGGAAAUAAUGAAAUGUCUUGAAAUAUUCUGUUCCUGUUAAUUUUCAAAAUAUGAUCCAUCUUUUUUAUAUAUAUAUAUAUAUAUAUAUAUAUAUAUAUAUAUAUAUAUAUAUAUAUAUACACACACACAUAUUCUGUGGCUGUUAUUGUUAGAGAUCUUAUGGAAUUUCUUAAUUCUGUGAAUGUUAAAUCAAUUGAUAUGAUUUGGAUUGAUAUUGAUAUGGAUCUUGUUACGUAACCUUUUUUAAGUAGUCAUACUUUUUCAUGAUUUCAAUGAAAUCUGUAUUUGUGGUGCCAUCUAGUGGAUUCUAAAUGGAAGAGAUCUACAAAGCAAAAAAACAACUUAAUUUGUUGGUUAUUUGAAUUUUGUCAUGUCAGUUUGGUCACUAUGUAUUUUUAGUGCGGUCAUAUAAUUACCUUUAUCUUGUUACCUCUGCAAAACUGGCACUAAAUGGAAUUUUAAAAAAAAAACAAAACAAUGAUGUGGAUCCAGGACUUUACUUGGAGGAAAUGUUACAUCUUUGCUUCAGAAUGUUGCUCUCACAAUGUUCUCCCUCUGCAAGUCAGAGGGCACAUUCAAGUGAGGG